UACACUACGCAGUGUCGACGGGAUCCACACAAAAAUGAGGCCUCCAGCCUGUAUAACUGUCACUACCACCCUGCUGUGCUUUAUUUUGCUAGCCAUCUUCUCAAGAACUGAUGCAGACUUCUCAGCUAUACUCAGUCCAGCUAAUUCAACUGUUCUCUCUGGGGAAGAAGUAACAUGUGUGUGCUCAUCCAACUUCAAUACCGUCUUUCCUCUGUGGGAGAUAAAUUCAGAAGCUUAUCAAAUAACUAAUCUUCCCUUGGGCUACGAAGCUACUGGAUCAAAUCUUACAUUCAGGGUGUAUGCAAAUCUGACUGUUGUUCGUUGUUCCUUUUUGAUAAUUGCCGACAGAUUGGCAAGAGAGGUACACAGCAACAUUGGCAGGGUAUUUCAGCAAGGCAUACCUGAUGUGGACCCCUUAGAGUCUCUCGAAAAGUGUGACCCCACUAACGUCACCUUUUACUUUAGUGAUGAAUACUUAAUAAUAUGGGACAUUGACUAUUUUACCCCAGAAUGCAUUUUUCUCAUCAGUGUAUCAAGCUGCUCUCUUAAUGCCCGAUCAUGUACAUUUAUUGCAAACAAUAUCACUAGUCCACAUGUGACAGUGUCUUUAAACAUCUGCUUGACUCCUGAUCAUCCCGGAGGGGUAACAGUUAACGUUACAUUUAACAACAGUCUUUGCAGAGAAGGAGAUAGUUCAUGUCGGUCACGACCAAUGUACAUUCCAGUUGUGAAUAAAACAAGUAAGUAUAAGUCUUGUUUUAAUUAUAUUAGCCUGUAUGUGCACACCUCCACAGAAAUUGUGAAAGUGAAAACUGAUGGAAUUGUAGUGCGAAAUUUAUCCAACAUGUAUUGCAAUGUUAACAAAAGCUUAACAAACAUACAACUAUGCAUUGACUCGGAGGAAAUAUAUGGAUGUUUCGGGGCCUUUGAAAGUCCAUAUUUCGAGUUUUCUGAUGAUGGAAAUGCAAUAGGUAUUGAAGUGAGAAAUUUAACAGAGAGUCUUAACAGAACAGUGAUUUCUGUUUUCUGUCCAUUUCGCCCUUGCACAAGCAAUCCUUUACUUCACACUCAGAUUUUAAAUAUAGAGUUGCUAUACACCAAUGAGUCAUGUGAAAACUGUAGCAUAAAAGCUACAUGUGAAUGUGGAAUCUGCGUGUGCAAGAAUGGCUACUGGGGAGAUGGGGUUAUGUGUGAAGGUUAUUGCUACAUACAACACCUAGCAGUGCAAUUUCGUAAUUAUAUCAUGUAUUUGCUAGUAUCAAGAGUAAGAACUGCAGCAACUUUGCCAACAGUGUGUAGAAAACCAAGCAAGUGUAGAGACGGCUACAGUGGAAAUGGAACGUCAUGCGAAGCAAAGUGUGAAAAUUGCAGUCAAUAUGCCACAUGCAAAAAUGGCAAGUGCAUGUGCAUGGAAGAUUAUGUUGGAGAUGGAAUUACAUGUGAUGAAGAGUGCCAAUGCAUUAUCAAUGCUACGUGUGUGGAGUGAACGAAUGUAUUUGUAGUACAGAGAGCAAUGAUGUAGACUGCAAUAAUUGCACCAAACAAACCUGUAAAACGCAAAAAUGUUCUACAUGUGAUGAAGUUAUAGUGGUGUGCAAAAUGUGCGUCUCUGCUGAGAGUAACUCCAAGGACCUUCGGUGGUUAGCUUCCUAACACUCCUAAUACUAUAUCCAUUGAUGAGUGUUUGCUAUCAGGACUAAUGCAAUAUAUAAAGAGAGAAACCAUCGUCAGUAUAAUGUUCAUGAUCAAUGAUGCUACUAGUGCUUCAAAGUAGGGACAUAUAGACUUAACAACAUGGUAUUUUUUGUAAACUUGUUUUUUGAGCUCGAUUGGUAGCGGCUCUGUUG